AGUUAGAACUUCUACCAAAUUCUCGUCGAAGAAGCUUUCUUAGCAGCUGUAAAAACCUCUGCUCUUGAUUUUCUAAUUAAGACAAAGUAACAACCUGAACAUGGCCUCAGAGACCCACAUGCCAGGCCCUGUGUGCCUCAUUGAGAACACAACAGGGCAACUGGUAGUUAAUCAAGAGGCUCUGAAGAUCCUGUCUGCCGUGACGCAGCCUGUGGUGGUGGUGGCUAUUGUGGGCCUCUACCGCACAGGCAAGUCCUACCUGAUGAACAAGCUGGCUGGACAGAAAAAGGGCUUCUCUGUUGGAUCCACGGUGCAGUCUCACACCAAGGGAAUCUGGAUGUGGUGUGUGCCUCAUCCCAAGAAGCCAGAACACACCCUCGUUCUGCUUGACACAGAGGGCCUGGGAGAUGUAGAGAAGGUUGACAACAAUGAUACCCAGAUCUUUGCACUGGCGCUCCUGCUGAGCAGCACGUUUGUGUACAAUACCAUGAACAAAAUUGACCAGGGGGCUAUUGACCGACUGCACAAUGUGACAGAACUGACAGAUCUGCUCAGUGCAAGGACUGCAUCUAAUCUUGAUGGGGUUGAUGCUGCUGCUGACUUUGUGAGCUGCUUUCCAGACUUAGUAUGGACUCUGAGAGAUUUCUACCUAGACCUAGAAAUAAAUGGGCAACUCAUCACAGCAGAUGAAUACAUGGAGAAUUCACUGAGACCAAAACGAGGUAGUGAUGAAAGAGUUCAACAGUACAAUUUGCCUCGUCUGUGUAUACAGAAAUUCUUUCCGAUAAAGAAAUGCUUUAUCUUUGACUUACCCGCUUACCGGAAAAAACUUGCCCAGCUUGAGGAACUGCAUAACGAUGAGCUGGAUCCUGAAUUUGUGCAACAAGUGGCCGAAUUCUGUUCCUACAUCUUCAGCCAUUCCACGGUCAAGACUCUUCCAGGAGGCAUCAAGGUCAAUGGGCCCCGUCUAGAGAACCUGGUACUGACCUACAGCAAUGCCAUCAGCAGUGGGGAGCUGCCCUGCAUGGAGAACGCAGUCCUGACCUUGGUGCUGACAGAGAACUCAGCUGCGGUACAAAAGGCCAUUGCCCACUAUGACCAGCAGAUGGGCCAGAAGGUGCAGCUGCCCACAGACACCCUCCAGGAGCUGCUGGACCUGCACGGAGCCUGUGUGAGAGAGGCCACUGAAGUCUUCAUAAAGAACUCUUUCAAGGAUGUGGACCAAAGAUUUCAGAAGGAAUUACAGACCAUACUAGAUGAAAAGCAGAAUGAUAUUUGCAAGCAGAACUUGGAAGCAUCAUUGGAUCAUUGCUCAACUUUACUUCAGAGUAUUUUUGGUCCUCUACAAGAAGCAGUUAAGCAGGGGGUUUAUUCUAAGCCAGGAGGCCAUAAUCUCUACAUUAAGAAGAUUGAAGAGUUGAAGGCAGAGUACUCUCAGAGGCCUAAGAAAGGAAUACAGGCGGAGGAAGCCCUGCAGAAAUAUUUAAAGUCCAAGGAAUCUGUGAGUGACACAAUUCUACAAACAGACCAGGCUCUCACAGCGAGGGAAAGGGAGAUGGAAGAGGCACGUGUGAAAGCAGAGGCUGCACGGGCUAAAGCACAAAGGUUGGAGGAGAUUCAAAGGCAGAACCAGCAAAUGAUGGAGCAGAGGGAGAGAGAGCAUCAGGAACAAGUGAGGCAAAUGCAGAUAAACCAUGCAAACUGGCUGGCAGAGCAACAGAGGGCCCAGCAGCGUCAGCUCCAGGAAGACGCUAGAAGGCGCGCUGCAGAAGCCGAAGCAGAAAGAGCAAGAAUUCUUAACGAGAUCCAUAAUUUACAUGUUCAUGCCUCAUCAAAUGAUCCAUGUAUCCUACUCUAAAGUGCUAAAUAUCAGAGCUCCUUUUCUGACUCCUCUUCACUGAAGACACAACGGAAUGAGAAACUAUAGAACUUGGGACAAUGAACUUUUAAAUAAACUUCGUAAUUAUAUCAAACUUUUGUAUAGAGUUAUGAGGUUAUUAUGCUGGCAACUGGUAAAAUGUACAUCUCAGCAGUUCAAUAGUUUACAUGAUGAUUGCUUCCUUGAAGAGAUUAUGGACUGUAUAAUAAGGGAUGUUUUACAAUUGCCUUUAUUUAGGAGUAAUAUUGGGAUGGUUCCAUAAGGGGAAGCUUUCUCUUACAUCCCUAUGCUACCUGU